UUAUAUUUCUUACAUUAGUAUUUAGAAAUAUAGCUUACAAGAUCUCUUUAAUGAAUUUCUUCUACCAAUCCGUUAUGUUCUCACAUUACUUCAUACUUAGUCUCAUCACAAAUGAUUUCUGAUGUCAUUGGAAUUCGUGUAAAUAUUGCUCCUAAUUUCUAGUAUUACAAUAAACUAAAGCAAGAAAAUAGAUUGGCAAAACAGCCAGUAGUGCAACUGAGUGCAGUUCAGUGCAAUUUAGGCGCUUUGCAUGAUAACCGGCUGAUGGACGCUGUACUCCACGAAAUUCUCUAAAAAGAUUCGGCUUUCAAUGUCCUAACGUGAAGAGAAGCCUGCCUGUUAUCAGUAUUUAUGGCGUCAAGUGAUAGUGUUGCACCACCAGGCGCAGGACCUGGUGCAGUACCUGGUGCAGUCCCUAGUGCAGUGCCUGGUACAGUACCAGGAUUUCCACCAGCAGCACCUAAUAUGGCAUCAAGUUUUGUGCCACCGAUGAUGCCUGGAACACCUUUUAUUCCACCACCAGGAUUGCCACCAGGUCCUCCAGGAAUGAUGCCACCACAAUUCUCUAUUCCUCCACCAGGGUUUGGAUUUCCUAUGGGUGCAGCACCACCUCCGGAAGCUGGUGUUAUAGCAGCACCACCUCAAAUCACAGCUCCUAGUAUACCACCACCUGCCCCAACUCCAUCAGAAACAGGGUCAAUCACACCAACAUCAUCAACCGAAAAAAAGACGGACUGGUCUGAGCACAAGGCUCCAGAUGGUCGAACUUAUUAUUACAACAGUAGUACAAAACAGUCUCUCUGGGAGAAGCCUGAUGAUUUAAAGACUCCUAGUGAACUGCUUCUAUCACAAUGCCCAUGGAAGGAGUAUAAAUCUGAGAAUGGCAAAGUAUACUAUCAUAAUGUGACUACUAAGGAAUCACGAUGGACAAUUCCACCAGAAUUAGAGGAAUUAAAAUCGAGGAUUGCAGCAGAGGAAGCUGCAGCAGCUGCUGCAGCUGCAGUUGCUAGUGCAACGAAUACAGGCAUAACGCCAGGAACAAUGCAGCAUAUGUCGCCAAACGUAGUAACAAUCUUUCAGGUAAGUACACCAGAACCUGGAGGGAAAUCUGCGAUAGAACAAGCUAUGGCUGCUACAUUAGCUGCAAUAAACAUUCCCACGCCUCCUUCAAAACCCGAUGAUGAUAGUAAUUCGGCAAAAGGUUCAGCAAACGGUAGCAGGACAAGCACACCCGAGCCUAAAAUGCAGUUUAAAGAUAAAAAAGAAGCAAUAGAAGCUUUCAAAGAACUGCUCAAGGAACGCGAUGUACCCUCAAAUGCAACCUGGGAGCAGGCUGUCAAAAUGAUACAGAACGACCCUCGUUAUCCACAAAUGAAAAAAUUGAAUGAACGCAAGCAAGCAUUCAAUGCAUACAAGACUCAAAAGUUAAAAGAAGAACGUGAGCAAGAGAGACUCCGGUUGAAGAAGGCGAAAGAGGACCUAGAGCAGUUUCUCCUAGAAAAUGAGAGAAUGACCAGUACGACGAAAUAUUAUAAGUGCGAGGAGAUGUACGGCACCCUGGAACUCUGGCGUGCUGUGGGUGAUUCCGAUAGACGUGAUAUUUACGAGGACGUAAUAUUUAACCUAGCCAAACGAGAAAAGGAGGAAGCCAAACUUCUGAAAAAGAGAAAUACGAAACGUCUAGCCCAAGUUCUUGAUACUAUGACAGAUGUCACUUACAGAACAACAUGGCAAGAGGCUCAGGCUUUACUCUUGCAACACUCAUCCUUUGCAGAAGAUGCUGAUCUAUUAGAGAUGGACAAAGAAGACGCGUUGCUCGUCUUCGAAAAUCAUAUUAGGCAAUUGGAAAAGGAUGAAGAAGAAGAAAAAGAACGGGAAAAGAAACGCAGGAAACGACAAGAGAGAAAGAAUCGUGAUGGUUUCAUAAGUCUUCUCGAUGAACUACAUGAACAGGGCAAACUGACAUCAAUGUCCUUAUGGGUAGAACUUUACCCAAUGCUAUCAGCUGAUCUUAGGUUCUCAGCAAUGCUUGGUCAAGCUGGCUCAACUCCAUUGGAUCUUUUUAAGUUUUAUGUGGAAGACCUGAAGUCUCGCUUCCACGACGAGAAAAAGAUAAUUCGUGAGAUUCUGAAAGAUAAGAACUUCGAGGUUCAAGUCAAUACAACAUUUGAAGAGUUUGCCACAGUGGUAUGUGAGGACAGGAAGUCUGCUACCCUGGAUGCUGGAAAUGUCAAGCUCACCUACAAUCUACUCCUGGAAAAAGCUGAGGCGCGCGAGAAGGAGCGUGUCAAAGAAGAGACCAGAAAGUUUAAGAAGCUUGAAACUGGCUUUAAAAAUCUCCUGAAGACCUUGGAUGUGGAUUAUCAGAUGAACUGGGAAGAUGCCCGCGCGAAGAUCGAAGAGGAACCAGACUUCAAGGCUAUCACGUUGGAGAGUGAACGGGUCAGAAUCUUCAAGGAGUAUCAGCAUGAGCUGGAAGAGAGCUGCAGUCAUCAUCAUAUAAGAAGUAAGAAGAAGAAGACAAAGAAGACCAAAAGAAGAUCGCGUUCAAGAUCUCACAGUCAAGAAUCCGAGGGAAGUGACAAGGGUGUCAAAAAGAAACGUCAUAAGUCCAGGUCAGCUAGUCCUGGACCAAGUAAAUCGGACAGUUCGGAAUCAGAUUGUAGAAAAUCAAAGAGAAAGAAGAGCAAGAAGAAACGUGGUCGCAGCCAUUCUCGCUCACACUCCAGACUACCAUCAUCAGAAGACUCUCCAGAGCGAAAAAGAAAAGAGGAAAAACACAGAAGACCCUCAGCUCACAGCGAAGGUUCAGUCACAGAAGCAGUGGAGCAUCAUGAGCUGUCAGAGGACGAAUUGGAAAAGCAAAGGGCACAGCUUCUUCGAGAGCUGCAAAUGCAACAAGAAGAAAAUUGAUAUGACAUAAGAGACACAAAGAAAAACAAGCACAGAUUAAACUGGCUAAAAAGAAUGUUAAAAUCCAAACCGUCUCAGGUUAUUUACAUUCUGUGGUGCGAAUGAAUGCAAAUAAAUAGGGAGUAAAUGACAGUAAAAAAAUACUCACUCCAUAACACCAAAUGCCAUGCUAAAAAUUAUAAAACAAAACCUCGAAGAAAAAUUAAAAACCACAAUAAGAAAAA